UAUGCGCCAUCUGUGGAUCAAAUGGAUAGCAAUCGAGGUGUGGCUUAUUAUGAAUGAUGGAGAUUGUAUCUUGCCAACAAAAGCACCAGUAUUUCACAACAAACCCUUUGUAGUUCUCUGGAAUGCACCAACUGAACGAUGUCGUCUGCGCUACAAUGUGGAUUUACAUCUUGAUGUUUUCGACAUCAUAUCAAAUGCCAAUGAGACUCUAAGUGGGUCUAGUGUGACGAUAUUUUACCAUACUCACUUGGGGUACUAUCCCUAUUUUUCAGACUACGGGAACCCCAUCAACGGAGGGAUACCACAAAAUGAGAAUCUUACCAGGCAUCUCACCAAAGCCAAGACUGAUAUUAAUCAAUUCAUACCUAUGAGGAAAUUCCGUGGACUUGCAGUCAUUGACUGGGAAAACUGGAGGCCCCAGUGGGACAGAAAUUGGGGUAAUAAGACCAUUUACCGAAAUAAGUCUCUUGAACUUGUCAGACAGCGCUAUCCACAGUGGUCAGAGGACAAAAUCAGAAGAGUUGCUAAGAAUGAAUUUGAAAAAGCUGGGCAAAAAUUUAUGAAUAGUACCCUCCUUCUGGCUGAACAUACGAGGCCAAGUGGGCUGUGGGGUUACUAUCUAUACCCAGACUGUUAUAAUUAUAAUUACAAGGAUGACCCAGCUGCAUACACAGGCGAAUGUCCACCUAUUGAAACAUCACGUAAUAAUGACUUGCUUUGGUUGUGGAAGGAAAGUACUGCCCUGUAUCCUUCCAUAUAUCUGGAUUCCUUACUGAAAUCAAACCCAAAUGCCUUAAAAUUUGUGCGCUAUCGGGUUAAAGAAGCAUUACGUAUUGCAGCAAUGGGUAGAAAAGACUACACCUUACCUGUUUUUGUUUACUCUAGGCCAUUUUAUGCCUAUACAUUUGAUGUUUUGACGGAGGAAGACUUGGUACAUACUAUCGGUGAAAGCGCUGCACAGGGGGCAGCAGGAGUUGUCCUUUGGGGAAGUAUCCAGUAUGCCAGCUCCAGGGAUAGCUGUACAGCUGUGAAAGAUUACAUAGAUGGUACCUUGGGGCAUUACAUCCUAAAUGUGACCUCUGCAGCCAAGCUUUGCAGUAAAGUCCUCUGUAAAAAGAACGGGAGAUGUAUUCGUAAAACCGGCAAAUGGAAUGCCUUUCUGCAUUUGCCUUCUGACAGUUUUAAGAUGCACCUCAAAACCACGCGCAGAGGGGAGAAAAUGUGCGCGACGGGGAAGUUGACAAAGGAGGAUACAAGGAACUUGAGGCAGAAAUUCAGGUGCCAGUGUUACAAGGGCUGGACGGGCAAUUUUUGUCAGCUGCCAGUUUUCCGAAAAAGUGGCAAAUAUUUUGCGGAGAAAAGCAAAGCAGAUCUAUUCCCGUAUUCAAAAUUUUACUACCAAAAUCUUGUUGAGAAAUGGUAUUCCAGUCAAACGGCAACCAAAAAAGCAGAAAAACAUUUCUUAAAUAUGGACUAG